CCCGCCCUGCGCACCGCGCGGUGGCGCAUGCACAGCGGCGCCCGGCGCCCACCUGACCGCGGCUCGGAGGCCCCAAGAUGGCCGCGCCCAUGCGGGGCUAGGUCCUUGCGGGGACCUCGGCCCAGUUCCCCUUCCCCUAGGGCCGUGCCGGGCCGUGCCGUGCCGUGCCGUGCCGUGCCGGGCCGCCGCGCCGUGCUGCCACCCGCACAUGGAGCCGCGGGAGUCGUGGGCGGCCCUGGCGGCUGGUGGAGUUGCUGGUGUCUGUGUCGACUUGAUCCUUUUUCCUCUGGACACCGUCAAAACCAGACUGCAAAGUCCCCAAGGGUUUUGGAAGGCUGGUGGCUUUCGUGGCAUCUAUGCUGGUGUUCCCUCCACUGCUAUAGGAUCCUUUCCAAAUGGUCACCUGUCCAAUUCAACUGGGACAGAACAGCCUCCUUUCUGCCUUUCCCCUCUACAUCUGCUGCGUUUUUUAUCACCUAUGAGAAUGUGAAAUCUGUGCUGCCCCGUGGCUCUGCAUCGUACUUGACUCCAGUAACACACAUGGUGGCUGCCUCCUCUGGGGAAGUGGUUGCGUGCCUCAUAAGGGUUCCAUCUGAAGUUGUCAAGCAAAGGGCCCAAGUUUCACCUUCUGCAAGCACCUUUCGGAUUCUUUCCCACACCUUGUACCAUGAGGGUAUUCAAGGACUUUAUCGGGGUUAUAAAAGCACAGUAUUAAGAGAGAUUCCUUUCUCUCUGGUACAAUUUCCCCUCUGGGAGGCCUUAAAGGAUCUCUGGUCAUGGAAGCAGGGUCACGUGGUGGAUUCUUGGCAGUCAGCAGUCUGUGGAGCUUUUGCAGGUGGAUUCGCAGCUGCCGUCACCACGCCUCUCGACGUAGCGAAGACAAGAAUCAUGUUGGCAAAGGCUGGUUCUGCCACGGCUAGCGGGAAUGUGCUGGCUGCCCUCGGAGGCAUCUGGAGGACACAAGGACUGUCGGGCUUGUUUGCAGGUGUUGUCCCGCGGAUGGCAGCCAUCAGCCUGGGCGGGUUCAUCUUCCUGGGGACCUACGAGAAGACGCGCGAGCUGCUGCUCUGACCCAGCUCCCGCCUCUGUCCUGCGAAGAGCCGGAGAAGCUGCUGCCCUGGAGGAGGAGUCCGGCCGUGAGCCUCCUGCCGCUUCCUCGCUGCGCCCGCAGCAGCUGUUGAGCAGCCCGAGCGCCACUUUCACUGUUAGAGAAAAGAAAAUCCUCAAAUAAUCCAAUUUCCCAAACAUGAAAUUUUCCUGCAUGGAAAGUGAGUGAAGUCAUUGGGAGAGUUGUGCCAAAAAAGUGAUGUUUGGGGGGUAAACAGCUAAUUACGGUGCUGAGAAAGGCGUUAGGAGAACUCCUGCAGGGGAAGUGUUCUGCAAACCUCCGGAUCGCGGGGAGGCUGAAAUAAAGCAAGUUUUCAUAA